ACCCAUGAAAUCUUCAAAGCACUGCAGCCAGGUCUUUCUACUUAUGCUGAUGACGUUGAAAAAGUGAAAGAAGUGUUUAAGGCGUCGCCUUUCCUUGUAGGGGAUGACUGUGUUUCCAUCAUGAAAGGAACAAAUAAAGGCGUUUCAGCCUGGGUCACUGUCAGCUUCCUGACGGGGAUUUUGAAAACCUCUGGAAGCAGCAGUGUGGGCAUGCUGGAUUUGGGCGGAGGGUCCACUCAGAUCACCUUCCUUCCUAGAGUCCAGGGCACCCUUCAGACCUCCCUACCUGGCUACCUGACGUCACUGCAGAUGUUUAAUAGGACCUACAAGCUCUAUUCCUACAGCUACCUGGGGCUCGGAUUGAUGUCAGCACGGCUGGCGAUUCUGGGCGGCAUAGAGGGGAAACCUGCAGAGGAUGAAAAGGAGUUGGUCAGCCCUUGUUUGUCUCCCAAUGUCAAAGGAGAGUGGGAACAUGCUGAAAUAACUAGAAUCUCAGGACAGAAGUCAGUGAACCAGCUGUGUGCCAGCGGAGUGUCGGAAAUCCUUCAAAAUAAAGUGCACAUAAUGGAAGAAGUGAAGGAUGUGGAUUUUCAUGCUUUUUCCUACUAUUACGAUCUUGCAGCAAAUGUUGACCUCGUAGGGAAGGAUACGGAGAAAGGGGGCAGCCUAGUCAUCGGAGACUUUGAAAUUGCAGCUAAGUACGGCGAGCAUUUAGAGGUGUGGGAGUACGGAGUUGAGAGUGUAGUUGGAGUCACCAUGCUGGGCCCAGACCACAAGUUCGCGAUGUCUUGUAUGGCCCAGGGAGUGAACCACUGGGAACCUGAGUGGGAACCUGCUGUCUCAUCCCUACUGUACCAGACAGCGGAGACCCAACCAUAGAGCAACCCCUCCGUGUGUAUGGAUCUUACCUAUAUCAGCUUGCUGCUCUAAGAAUUCGGCUUUCCGAGGAACAAAGUGAUAAAACUCACUCGAAAAAUCGACAAUUUUGAGACCAGCUGGGCUCUGGGAGCCAUUUUUCAUUACAUCGACUCCAUAAAUGGACAGAAGAAUUGGGCCACGUAG